AUGUGCCCAAAAUCUGGGAAAGUUUUAGCUCCGAAAGGCUACAAAAAUGUUUACGAAAUCAGAAGAGGUAGUGAAAAAGAGGCCAUCACCGUAUUAUUGGUUUUCUCGGAAGACGGAAAAACUGUGUCCCCAAUGGUUGUCUUUCCAUUUGUGAGGCCUAACAAAGCUAUAGUGGAUAGUGUUCCAUCAGAAUGGUUCAUAGGUCGAUCAGAGAGUGGUUGGAUGAAGAGUGACACUUUCUUUGACAACAAGUGGGUUAUCGAUAACCACGUAAAGAAGCCAAUUUUGCUUCUGGUCGAUGGCCAUAAAUCACACUUAUCAUUGGAACUCAGUACGUUUUGUAGUGAUAAUCAAAUAAUUUUAUACGCGCUUCCUCCUAAUACUACCCAUAUUCUGCAGCCCGCUGAUGUUAGCGUAUUCAAGCCACUGAAAUCAAAUUGGAAAAAACAGUACGGGCAUGGCAAUCCCCAGAAUCUCAAUUGUGUGCUGACUAAAUCCACUUUUUGUCCGAUGUUGAGAGAUGUUCUUAAUGACAAAUCUCUUCCACAGGCUAUCAAGAACGGGUUCAGAAAGUGUGGACUUUUCCCAUUCGAUCCGGAAGCAGUAGACUUUUCGAAGUGCGUCCAGAACCACUUGGAAAAUUUGAGUGAUACAGCAGAUCAGGAAUUUGUAGUCACAGAAGACAAAUUCAACAUUACAGAAAAUGUUCUAUCUUCUAUGACACAUAAACUGUUCGAGAAGGGUGUAGAAAAUAUUAUAAACGAUAUCGAACAAUUAAAAUUAAUAAAGGAGGAAUAUUCCAAAACAUCUCAGGAGAAAACUACCACGAAAACAAAUAAUUUAAUUGCCUUGACCUCGGCAACCCCACCGCAUGAUUUUAUGAUCUUCGACUUUGAAGAAUUUAUGGCUAACGAUUUUUUUAACGAGAAAGCGCCAAAUGAGAAUGAAGUUGCUCCAAAAAUAGUAAUAUUAGAAAAUAUUACAGUAUUACCUAGCAAUUCUGAGAGCAAGAAUCUGUUAUAA